UGAAAUUUGGUCAAAUAUAAUUUCAAGUAUUAUAUUUGAUUUUGGUAUGUAUGUAGCCUUUCAUUUUGACAUAUUAAAAUGUAGUUAUAAUAUAUUAAUGUGAACAAAAACUUUCUAGAAAAUUGCUGCCAUAUAUGUAUAUGUAUAUGUAUAUGUAGCAAUAAACAAAUUCCCGCAAAGUAUACGAUUCUUAACACGUUGAGUGGCGUCAGGGUCAGCAGUGAGGAGUACCACAAUUUAAUGCAUUUAAAUGAUUUAAAAAAUAUUUAAUAGCAAACAGAUGCAGGACGAACUCUGUAUGUCCUUGAGAGUGUUUUUUCCUCUCUCUCAAAAUCGUGGUGUGCUUUCGUAGUAUCUAUACCUAUCUCCAUCUGUCGCACAGUUUUCGUUUAACGACCAUGAGAAUCAACCGAUCUCUUUCUCUCCGAAUAACCUUAAAGACUGUUCUGGAGAAUGUAAACUUGCGUAUCGUGCAGAGCCUGACAAGCAGCAACAAGCAGCAGGAUAUGCGAAACAAUGGUAACAAAAGAAGGCCAUCACCUUCGUGCUAGAUUCUUCAAGGAUACUCUUAUCCUUUAUACGUACAGCACGACCGCGUCGAAACAUCGGCCAUAGCAGGCUCUUAUCGGCGACCAUCAACAAAUUAAUGGAUUCUUCCCUACACACCUCGCCACACAUGGUGCCUGCGAUCGCUGUUGGCAAAGGGCGGCUGUAGUCCUUUUGGAUACGAAUCGCACACCACCGAAUUUAGGUUCGUUGGUUGAAUGUGCCUGACAGCAAUAAAUACUCUUGUGUGAGUAAACGCUAAAUGGCACGGUUUUUCGACAGGAAACAAUCCGGUUUGAAAUUACAAUGCGUGAAUAAUACGGAAACAAACGGAGCCAUGGCUUAGAUGAGAAUUUUCACCUGGCAUCCCUUUAUCGUUUCAACAAAAAAACGUACCAGUCACAUAUUCAACGUGCCUGUUGCGUUAUAUGCAUUCGUGCUUUAGAAUGUGCGUGUGAAACACAUUUAUCCAACACGAAGGUACACAAUCUUACGCAUGCGUUUACAGUCAAAGUGGUACAUUACGCGAGAAGAACCAGCAGAAGAUCAACUUGGCCAUUCGUUUGUCAACGGGACUGCGGGUCAAAUCGAGUGAGAAAUGAGAACUACAUCGUUCCUGGUUCUCGUCGCCUGUCUGCAGUGUCAUGUCACCGGUUCCCGUGCUGUUCCAGUAAGAACAACCGGACAAAUCCUUCUGGGAGAAGUCGAUAUCGCGGCUGAAGAAGACAACGCUGCUGAAAUAACGACAGAGGAAUCAUUCCCGAAAAAAUGCGUCGUCGAUGGAAAUAGUUAUUCUCACAGCCAGACAAUACCAUCCUACGACCUGAACUCCCAUUGUCUCUGCGUGGUAGGUGAAGUAUAUUGUUGGUGGCAGAAUUACAAUCCGAGCACAGGUACUUCUGUCGACGUCUCGUUCCUGCCGUCGACGACGAUAGAAAGUAAUUACACGCCGUCGCUGGAGGGCAACACGAAUGCCGUCGACAGUUUGGAGGCUUCCGGUGAUCCAGCAGAGGAGCCAUCCGUCGAGCAGCAGCAGGGAUACGCGGAGAUAAACGCGAGUUACUCGACUACAUCGCAAACUGCACCGACCACGUGUCUCGUGAUGGGAAGAGAAUACCGGGAGGGCGAGGUACUGCCUCACUCGACCGGAAAUUGCAUCGAGUGCAGCUGUGGAUCCGAGGGUCGGGUCGAGUGUUCGCCACGCGACUGUGUGGCCCUUCGACCCGAGAUACCAGUUUCACCGGAUAUACCGAACGCACCAGACGGCGAUUUUGAAGUGUUCAAUCUUGCCAGGGACCGAGGCAUCGACGAGAGCUUCUAAGGAAUCCGACGAUAAUAACGACUUCGGCUUAAUCCUUCUGCAGAUUCUUUCCUAUUUUCAUUUUCUCGGUAACUGCUUGUUGAUCGAUAUAAUAACGCUCCUUAAUUCAUCGAUGAAUUAAGUUAUCCGUUUGAAAUGAAAGAAUGUAGACAGCCGGUAAGACCCACGAAAGAGAUAAAUACAACGUAGCUGCUUUAGAAUGAGAAUAUCAUCUAUUUUGGGAACGCACUUUUCAAUCAGUAUACAUAUUUUUCUACAGUUAUUUAUCCAGUAAUUUUUCAUUCACAGUAUCGGUCUUAUUUGUAGCUUAAAAUGUAAGUAUUCUACGUAUACAUAAUAAUAAUUGAGUAUUAGUAAAUUAAUUUUAAAGAACGUAUCGAUACGUUGACAACGAAGAUAAAGGCCAUAUUAGUAAGUUUAUGUAAUUGUUUUUACUUUGAACAGAAUUUUAUUUAUUUUCUAUAAGAAUAAUCGAGAUGUUAACACAAGCUAAGAAAGUUAAGAAACGCGUCAAUAUAUCAAUUGUAGAUUAGGAAUAGAAUAUAAUUUCAGAUAUAAUUAUUUUUAUGUCGAUCAACAAAGCGUCAAUACUUCUAAGCUCUAAUUGUAGUUUUCUACAAAACUAAUUAGUCAAAUUUAUACACUCUUCCUUCUUAUUCUUUUAGGCUUUCUUCCUUUCAUUUGAAACACCAAAAAGUAAUAAUAUCUAGGGUCCUUUGAACGCUUUCUUUCAUAUAUUUUUUAAAAAAGUGUAUGAAAAACAAGCAUAUGUGAAUUACAAUACGCGUGAUGUAUAUUAAGACGAUAAUUAGAGAUAAUUGAAAUUCUUUUAACACGUUGACUGCCAUGGGGAUCGUUGCUGAUCGGUGUUGCACUUUUAAUUUGAAAAGAAGAAAGUUGUGUAAGAACGAACAUUCUAAAUAUCAUAAACCAUAAUUGAAUGCUUUUACUAUGGCAAUCAAUGCGUUAAAUCAGUUUAUGUUGAGUUUAGUGGUUGUUUAGUGUGAUUGAUAGGAAACCACUGAAAAUUAGAACGCUCUUUCAAGAUGUACGAGCAGACUGUAAUUUAUUACCCUCGAGAUUUGUAGACGUUUUGGAGCCAUGGGACUAAUUUAUCAAGCGAUGGAUGCUGGAAACGAUCAAUCUCUAUGUCCUAUAAUUGUGUGUCAUUUCAUUUUAUUCCUGUUAGCGAUAGAGGUGUGGCAGUAAUACGAAAUAUGUACCAUUUAACAAAAUUCAUAUGAAAAUACCAAAGACAAUCAAAUCUUUUGAUCCUUGGAAAACGGAUAAAUGCUCUGAGACUGACGCGGUGAACGAAUGCAGGGUCAUUACGAUCUAUAAAACGUUAUUAUAUGCAGAUUUGAAAGUAGAAUUAUAUACAAAAUUAAAAAUAUAUUUUCACGUUAUAUUUAAGAAGAUUUGAUACAGAGAACAGUUUUAUUUUUUACUUAAGCUUUACAAUAUAAAUUUUCUACAUUUUUCACGUUUUAUCUCUGUACCUGGAUCAAAAUGAUUCUGUAUCUGUCGUGCGAGGAUUAAGUUGAUUUUUAUUUCAAUUUAUCUCAUAAUGAUACAUACACGUUUGAUAUAAUUCAAGUAGGUGAAUAUUUCUGGCAGCCAUCGUAAGAUAGAUAUUAUGUAGUUCUCUCGCUUACCAAACAAUAUUCUCUAUGCAUUUCGAGGAAUACAUACUACGAUAAGAUACAACGGUAAAUGAAUAAAUCUGUAGACAUCGGCCUAUAACGUACGAAUUAAUGAAUUUGGGUAUGAAGAAAACCGAUCUGCGAAUCGGAAGUGAAUCAACUACCCGCUUAAGAGCAACCACAUUACGGAGCUUGAUAGUACUCGAUUUUAUGUAAGGUCGUAAACAUAUAGCGGCUGAUAAGUAUAGGAUCAGUUUAUAAUAUAAAAUAUGAUUUUAAUGGGUAUAAUUUUAUAUAUCUACAAUUUUCUUUAUUUCUUUCUUUAUUGGCUUUUCAUGUGCAAUAAUAGGCAGAUGCAACAGGUGGAUGAAUCAUUUUUAAUAAUCAGGGAUCAAGAAAAUGAAACUACAGAUACUUAGAAGAAUUUUACAUCUUUGUUGGAAAUUGAUCCUAUAUUUUUAGCUGAUGAUGUAAUAUUCAUAUCAUCAUAUCCUUUGUCAUAUUCUAGUCGAAGCUUAGUCAUAUCCUGUUCAUAAUCACGUUGCUUCACCUCCUAUGGGUCAAGUAAAUAUCACAUCUUUUGUACUUUAAAGACAAGAAACUGUACGAGUUGUUCGUCAAGUUUAUGAAUACUUUCAGUAAUAUGAAUUAUAUAUUAAAAAUGAUCAAGAAAAUGUAUGUAUACGAAUUUCAUGACGUAUACGAUUAUUGUAAUAGUCUAAAACCAUACAAAAUUAAUUUACUGUGUAUGGGUUGCAAAUUCAAAUUAUACUCCAUCAUUUUGCAAUGAAGAUGAUAUUAUUUAAGGAUGAUUUGCUAAGGAUGAAAUUAAAUUUCUUUUAUUAGGCUCGAGUAAGUAAGAAGAAGUUCGUAACAUUAGAUUAGAUUUUGAACUUUGUUUAAUGUCACGAUUAGACACCAAUCGCGCCACGUGUUCUUCAGUUGCUUGCAGACUACCUAACCUCUAAAUGUAUUUGAUUAAAAUUUAAGAUGACUGAAAAUUUGUUACAAAAUAGAUAUAUGAGGAAGAUGAUUCAGUGACAACAAUGCUUUAACAAUGUUGGGUGCAAUACGGGCUUCCUUGCAUUGAGAGUAAGCAUAAGGAAAGGAACCAUCUACUGUUUGCCUUCAAUCUUGAGAAUACCCAGGAAAAAAUAAGAAAAGCUAAACAAGGUGGAUGGUGAAAAGUUUCUACCCUUCCUUAUAACUAAAGGAAGCCUAAAUUGCAUGUAACGAUACAUUGCGGUGUUCAAUGACACGAAGCAUGAUUUUGAAAGAAAAUUUAGUUGUUGAUUGUAUACCUUUUGUUACCUUGAAAAAUUAUGAUUAUACUUACACGGCGACGAGUUAAUUGUUUAUAGUUAAAUGCAUAGUUAGGUAGAGAUCUAAUGUGAUAAAGGUAACUUUGUCUAAAAGUUUUACAAUACAUAAGGAAAAGAAAUACGAUCCUAUUGCAAGAUUACUGUAAACUUGUACGAACGCUUAUUUGAUUAGGAAAUAUACAAUGGAGGAAACAGAAUCCCGGUGAAUUUAGUAAAGCUGAGACACGAAAUUGUAAAAAAAAAGAACAUAAUGAAAUGUGGGAUCAUCACGGGAUCACGCGGGACCAUCAUGGCAAUUCAUCUUUUCUUUACGUUUACAUUUGCGUAUUUGAUCUCGUACGUCUUCCAGUCAUCCCACACAUUGUUGUGUCUGUCUUGUACCCGGUGGGAUCUCUUGUCUUCUUAAAAAGGGU